AUGAAUGAAAUAAAUGAUACCUCGGAGGACUCUUUAUAUAGACGUCGUAUUCCAACAGGACACGCGUCGUUUGAUGAGUUAUACGUAAAAUUUUUCGGGAAUAUUCCUGAGGAACAAAAUUUACUGAUAUAUCAGAAUGAGUCAUUUGAAUCUUUGCAUCAACAAUAUUAUCCUAACAACGAAAAUACGGAAAUGAUAAAACGACAAUGCAUGUUUGAUGACUUAUAUUCGAAGUUUGCAGAUAAAUUUCAAACUUUUGACGAAGAAAAAUGUUCGCCCGAUUUUAUCUACACUCUCGUUGAUAACGCCUCAAACGAUACAAAUCAAAAAUGCGAAUUCACUUCAUUUCCACAAACACGAUCAAGUAUUACUUCACCUCACAAACAAACUUUCAAAAAUAUUAAAAUCAUCAAAAGGAAAUAA